AUGUCGACAACUACUGGAGCAUUCCUUGCCGGAGGCAUCGCAGCUUGUGGUGCCGUCACCGUUACCCAUAGCUUCGAGACUGUGAAGAUUCGGUUACAGCUGCAGGGUGAAUUGCAGGCAAAGAGUGAGGCUGUCAAGCUGUACAAGGGUCCUUUGCAUGGUGUCAAGGUUAUCCUUCAAAAUGAGGGUCCUCGGGGUCUUUUCCGUGGAAUUGGAUCUGCCUACAUAUAUCAAGUUCUGCUAAACGGCUGCCGUCUUGGCUUCUAUGAACCUAUCCGUUCUAACGUCACAUCCACCUUCUACAACGAUCCCAAGGUCCAGUCACUCGGCGUCAAUGUCUUUGCCGGUGCGGCCUCUGGUGUUAUCGGUGCUGCCGCUGGCUCUCCUUUCUUCCUAGUGAAGACUCGUCUCCAAUCAUUUUCUCCUUUCCUUCCCGUCGGUACCCAGCACAACUAUAAAAACUCAUUUGAUGGCUUGAGCAAAAUCUACAAAAGCGAGGGUAUUAAGGGAAUCUACCGUGGUGUCGGCGCCGCUAUGAUUCGUACCAGUUUCGGUAGCGCUGUCCAGCUCCCGACGUAUUUCUUUGCGAAACGCCGUCUGGCUCACCACGUGGGCAUGGAAGAAGGCCCUGCUCUUCACUUGGCGAGUAGUGCCGCCUCUGGUUUUGUGGUGUGCUGUUUUAUGCACCCUCCUGAUACUAUUAUGGCUCGCAUGUACAACCAGACUGGAAACCUUUACUCGGGUGUGUUUGACUGUCUGCUCAAGACGGUCCGCAAAGAAGGUGUGCUGGCGAUCUACAAGGGCUUCUUUGCCCACCUUGCCCGCAUUCUGCCCCACACCAUCCUGACCCUCAGCUUAGCUGAGCAGACAAACAAGCUGAUGCGACGUGUCGAGGAUCGAAUUCUACCUGAUUCUCUCCGUGAGAAGAUCUAG